GGCCUGAGUCCUAACACAGAGUACAGGUUCAGAUGCAGGGCAGAGACACCAGUAGGUGCCGGGCCAGCCAAUGAAGUCAGUGGAUCCAUUCAAACCUUACCCUGCAGCCCUCCUGGAAAACUCCACGUUGAAUCUACCUCAGGUGAGAUAUCAGUCAGCUGGGAGAAACCUGCUGAGCUCGGACAAGAUGUCCACGUUUUGAGCUACAUCGUGGAGUACGCCGAACCAGACCAACAGGUGAAAGAGGAAGAUCUCCACUGGGAGCAAAAUAUGGUGGGAGCUGAGAAGGCGAUCAUUUCAGGACUUCAGCCAGAGACAGAAUACGCUGUCAGGGUCAGGUGUGAUUGUGGUGCAGCUGGAAGAAGCAAAGAAAGCAUCGCUGUUAAUGUCCGCACAACAACACCUGCAUAUCUUAAAGAAUUCCUCAAAAGUAAAAGCAAAAUCAUCAAUACUGAAUCUCCCUCAGUUUACAAACUGCCUCUGACAGAAGAAGACAUGGACGUUGAUGGAUGCCGGAGGUACAACUUUGGCAAAGACAGCAUGAGGCAAAAUCGUACAAUAAUGCUUCUCGGAGCAACUGGAUCUGGAAAGUCCACUCUGAUCAAUGGACUCAUCAACUACAUCGUUGGUGUAGAGUGGAAGGACGAUUUCAGAUUCAAGUUAGUUAACGAGGAUCAGUCGAGAUCUCAAGCUGAGAGCCAGACCUCUGAAGUCACUGUGUACAAAAUCAACCACCAAGAGGGCUUUAAAACCCCUUUCUCUCUGACCAUUGUUGAUACUCCAGGCUUUAGAGAUACAAGAGGAAUAAAAAGAGACGAGGAGAUCAAACAACAGCUUCUUAAUCUCUUCUCUGCUGAGCGUGGCAUCAGUGAAAUUGACGCUGUGUGUUUUGUAGUUCAGGCUUCUUUAGCUCGGCUCACACCAAGACAGGAGUAUGUGUUUGAUUCUGUGCUCUCAAUCUUUGGCAAAGAUGUGAAAGAGAACAUCCAGGUUCUGGUGACAUUCGCAGACGGCCAACGCCCACCAGUUCUAGAGGCGAUCAAAGCUUCAGGCGUCCCAUGUCCUAAAACAGAAGACGGGCUGCCAGUUCACUUCAAAUUCAAUAAUUCUGCCUUGUUUGCACAGAACCAAUCAUCUGCUGCUGCUGACUCCAGUGGAGAGGAGGAAGAGGGAGGCUUUGAAAAGAUGUUCUGGAAAAUGGUGGCAGAAAGCAUGAAGACGUUCUUUGUUGCUUUAAAUAAGCUAACAACCAAAAGAUUGACAUUGACAAAGGAAGUCCUCAGAGAAAGAAAGCAGCUCCAGAUCUCAAUGGAAAAUGUGCAGAAGCAGGUUAAAGUAGGGUUAGCCAAGAUUGAGGAGAUAAACAAGACAUCUGAACAACUUAAACUGCAUGACGCAGAGUGCAGCAGAAAUGCAAAAUGUGAGUUUGAAGUAGUUGUCACAAGGCCUUUUAAAGUAGAUAUAUCUGGCACUGGAACGUUCGACACCAACUGUCAGCUGUGUCAUUUCACCUGUCACACAGAAUGUCCAUAUGCCAAUGAUGCAGAUAAAAGGAAGUGUCCUGCAAUGGGACCAGAUGGAAACUGUACCCAGUGUCCAGACAAAUGUCAUUGGAGUAAACAUUUUAACCAGAAGUACAGAUGGGAGUAUAAGGAGGUUAAAGAAAAGCAAACCGUGCAGGAGCUGAAAGAAAAGUACCUGAAGGCCUCAAAGGCUAAGGGAACUGUUCAGGAAGUGAUCGCUCAUAUGAAGGCUGAAUAUCAGCGUCUUCAGGCUGAAGUGAGGGAGAUCAUGAAGAGGUCUGCUGAGUGUCUGAAGAGACUAGGAGAGAUCGCACUGAAGCCAAAUCCUCUCUCCGACAAGCAGAGCUCAUGGCUAAAGUAAGGAGAGGAGAAAACCUGCUUUAAAGUGAAGAAUCUCUAACCAAGGGAGAAUUAAGACCAGUGACAACUUAGACCAAGACAAAGAGCUGAAAGCAAUAGGCUCAAGCCAUGAUAAUGACCCAGACAUUUUAAUGACUAUAGAUAACCAAGGGUUGGGACCAAUAAAGGACCAUGUCGUACUUUAUUUGCUUACACAUCGUGUUUUAACUUUAUUUGUCUAAAUCACCAUGGUUUCAAUUUUGUAAACUAACUUCUUACAGCAAAGAUGUUUUAUGAAUGUUGAUGAAUCUAAAAAGUAAUCCUUGAAAGAAAUGCUGAAUAGGAGAUUGACCUGAGUUUUAGAAGCCAGAGGAACAGAAGAGUUAAGUCAGGAUAUUUUGUGUCUACGAACGACAUGUGUGAUUUUGUUGUUGAUUUUUGAUGCUGUGUUGUAACGCCAAAGUAAUGUUGUUCAAGCCAUGUCAAUAAAAUGGAAAGAGUUUGAAGCCUAA